CGAUGGCCAAGAAGCCGCCGAAGAAGCCAACGCGCAAGUCGCGCGCCAAUCCGGCGGGUGCGCUGAAGAAGUCGCAGCCCAAGGUCAUCACCAGGGUCGAGAUCCUCGAGUACUACCAUGCGCAUGGCGAAAACCAAACGCGCACAGCAAAGCACUUCAAGGAGAACGGCUUCCCGUCACUCAACCAGUCCACGAUCUCGCGCUACGUCCGCGAUGAAGCCAUGUGGCGCAAGCUCGCUGAGGACAAGCGCAGGCACGACGACGUCCGCCGGCUGCUUGGUGGCGCGACGAUGUAGCGGCGCUCGACCUCGUGAUGGCGCCUGCCGUGUCGAUAAGAAAGCAACACGAGCGCGCUCUGCGUGUGUACUAUAAUCACCACAAAUCUAAUCGAGCGCGCCCAUCGUCCGCGGCGGCAUGCGCUCCCUGGUCCUUCCAAGCGUGUCGACUUGGCGCGCUGCGGCAAUGGUCGCGACAAUGUCGCUGCUGGAAAUCAAAUCAGGGAUCUGUGAAAAAGG